ACGUGGUUUCGAAACACAACUUUCUAUAAUCAUCACUCAGCCUCCCGGGCAGUACACUCUAGCUCGCACUGCCUCGUUUUGAAUUUUGUCUACCUUUAGACUUUCAAAACGUUUCCUUCGAUCUUUUUGGCAUUUUUCUUUCCUUGAGAAUCAUGUCCACCGCGGUUGCAUCUGCCAGUGCGGCUCCGAUAGCUUCUCCCCAUAGAAAUCGUGACCUAAGUCCUAAGAACUGUCCGACAAUGGCUCCGUCGGCCUCAUCCACCAUCUCCUCCACCACCCCGCCCCGGGUGUCUGUUACCUCCCAACAUGGCUCCGCAUCAAAAGGUUCGCCUUCAGAGAGAAAGAACGCAUCGCCAUCGCAGAAUGGAAGCCAUGCUCCAAAGGUCAUCGUCAAGAAAGAACCGCCAUCAUCGCCCGGUGUCCAAACACAGUCUCACACCCGCCCUCGUCCUCGUAAACUAGACCUCUCCACCAGCCUCCCAAACUCCUCUGGCCUCUCGGCUCGACCCCCCGGUGGACCUAUGACAGCCAGAGAGGGAGUAACCAUGCAAUCAGUCGGCAUCGCCUGCUUGUCUCCCGGCUUCCAAACCCAUGACCCAAUCAUGAGAGAGCAGCUUCAGCGCAGCCUCUCGGUGCGUGACCAGCAAAGAUCUAUCAUUGAAUCCAGACUACAAACAUCCGCCAAGGACCAGGGCCCAGAUGGGGUGAAGAUGUCAGAGUCGAGCCCAUUCGGUCUCCCCAAGUCUGGCUCUUCGAAGAGGAGGCCUCCGCCGGGCUUGUCCAUCGUUCCCCCGUCCGCAUCUCACUUUUCUAACGAACGUGUGGUCCAAUCCGCGCCACUGCACCAAACCUUCACAGGCGGCCGAUUCCAACCACAGCCUUUGACGCGCCAUGUCGCAAACCAGAGUCCCACCCUAGGCUCGUCUUCUCACCUUCAUCCUGCCCCUGCCACCCAAACCAACAACCGACUUCCACCGCUUUCUGAUGUCUUUGGAUCGGAUACAUUGGGAUCUCGUGACCGGGACGUUAACCGCGCCCCCUAUUACCAAGGUGGUUCUGGUUCGAAUUCAUCGCAAUCCAACAAUUUGCCCCCUUUGCCGUCUCCCGGUAUGCCUGGUUCUACCACCCAGGCUCCAACUCGGCCUCGUGAGUACCGUUCGGCAGAAGAAGCCGUUCAUGAGCUAUCCGGCGGGCGAGAAGAGCUUUUGCCCCGCAUCGUUCAUUAUGGUGGUCACCAACCACCAACUCCACCCUCUCCGCGCUUGGCUAAUGGCCCGCCCAAGUCGGCCACUCUUCGCCCUGAAGGGGCAGCCCCGGCAAGCGCAUAUAUCCCUCCGCCUCAGCUGUCACACCACACCGAGGGUACUGCUCGUCGCCGCUCUCGAAACGAGUAUGAAAAAGACAAUGGGACCCCCCCAUUGGGCCAUGGCCCAGAACCUCAAUAUCGGCAAAAUCCAGCCCUAGGGUCCGGUCCUCACGCUACGUAUGGUCCCUUCGGGGCUGGAAGGGAUUCCCCGGAGACCCAGAGGAGAAAGAAGGAGGAGUUUUUAGGUCUUUGCGCAAGAGCAUGGGAUUUGUUCCACUCUUAAUAUGGCCAUAACCAAUCUCUUGCCUUUUUCUUUCUCUCUUUUCACAUUCUAGAAAUUGGCUUCAUCUUGCGGUUUUCAGGGAUGAGCCAGACAGCCCGAGCCUCGCUCUAAGCAUAGAAGCAGCAAAUUGGCCGGGUUAUUUGCAUUUAUUGAAAAC